CGCUGGCUGGCGUGGAGCACGACUGGUGUGCAGUGUGUUGUGAAGCGCCUCAGCAUGAAGAUCUCUGCGCGCGUUUGUGGCGAGUGGUUGCAGGUGCCCUGCAAAGACGGCUCGCAGAACGUGCAGUGGCUCGGCUCGGAGGCGCUGGUGCGCUACCGCAAGCUGAACAAGGGCAGCAGCGAUGACAACGACGUGGAGGAGGUGCGCAAGAUGCGCGGCGGCGUGCUGCUGCACAUGGACGACGCCAUCGCAGACGUGCUCGACGACAACGACUUCGUCAUCGUCGUGAUGAGGUCGGACCUGCGGAGCGCAUCCAUCAUUCCAGACAACCUCAAGCACAUACUGGAGCCUGUACCAGCGAAGUUCACCCCUCCUGAAGAGUAUCUAUACCUGGACGGCUCCAGUUUAUCCAUAAACGACUUACGGUCACUAGGCAAAGGAAACUUCAAAAUAAAGCUCACACAUGAAUCCGAAAAUAAUGUUACAAGGGCAAGGGAACUUAUUGACAAGAUUUUAGGAGAAAAGAAAGUGGUUUAUGGAAUAACAACAGGUUUUGGAAAGUUUGCGAGGACCGUAAUUGAUGCUGACAAAUUAGAAGAGCUCCAGUACAAUUUAAUUAGAUCCCAUGCAGCAGGUGUAGGAAAUCCACUGAAUCCAGAGAAGACAAGAAUGCUUCUAGCACUACGAAUAAAUGUUCUUGCUAAAGGCCACAGUGGUAUAUCUCUCCAAACAUUACAACACUUAAUCAAUGCAUUUAAUGCUUCAUGUUUGUCAUGGGUGCCUGAACAAGGCUCAGUGGGAGCCAGUGGUGACCUAGCACCCUUAGCUCAUCUUGCCUUAGGACUGCUGGGAGAGGGCAAAAUGUGGAGUCCAUCAACAGGCUGGGGGGAUGCCAAAGAUGUGUUGAAGUCUCACAAUUUGGAACCAAUGAAACUUGGACCAAAGGAAGGCAUUGCACUCAUCAAUGGGACACAGCUCAUUACAUCCUUGGGAGCUGAAGCAGUAGAAAGGGCUUAUUUUAUAGCAAGACAAGCUGAUGUAGCAGCAGCUCUAACCUUGGAGGUUCUCAAAGGAACAUCAAGAGCUUUUGAUUCUGAUGUUCAAAUGAUUCGUCCACACAAGGGCCAAAUAGCAGUUGCUAAAAGACUGAGAGCUUUACUGCACUCAGAAUUUUAUCCCUCUCAGAUUGCAGAGAGCCACCGAUUCUGCAACCGUGUGCAAGAUGCCUACACACUGCGGUGUUGCCCUCAGGUGCAUGGUAUUGUUCAUGAUACAAUUGAUUUCGUACAAGGAGUUAUCACUGUAGAAAUGAAUAGUGGAACUGACAAUCCAAUCGCAUAUUUUCCUUAAUAAAUCCAUAUUGUAUUUGCUGAUAGAGGUGAAAUUAUUUCUGCUGGAAAUUUUCAUGGGGAAUAUCCUGCCAAAGUGCUUGAUUAUUUGGCAAUUGCUGUUCAUGAACUGGCAUCGAUGAGUGAAAGAAGAAUUGAACGCCUUGUUAACCCUGCCUUGAGUGAGCUUCCUGCUUUCCUUGUCAAAGAUGGUGGUCUGAACUCAGGCUUCAUGUUAGCCCACUGUACUGCUGCGGCUCUAGUUUCAGAAAACAAAGCAUUGUGCCAUCCAGCUUCUGUAGAUUCCCUUAGUACAAGUGCAGGAACAGAAGACCAUGUUUCAAUGGGAUGUUAUGCUGCUAGAAAAGCUUUAAUGGUGGUGGAAAAUGUUGAAAAAGUAAUCGCAAUUGAAUUGCUUGCUGCUUGUCAAGCAAUCGAGUUCCUGCGACCUUUGAAGACAACAUUACCACUUGAAGAAGUUUACAAUGUUGUGAGAAACAGUGUCAGGCCAUGGGAUAAAGAUAGGUAUAUGGCACCUGAUAUUGAGGCUGUGACUCAGUUAUUGUUGGAGGACAAAAUAUGGGGAGCUGUCCGUCAUCAUAUUGACUAUUAUCUGGCACCACAUGAGAAAGAGACAAGGGUUUUCAGUCCAACUGCUGUAAUGGUAGGAGAAAUUCAAAGAGAUAGGCCCCACGUGGAAGUUUCAGCUAAGAAGCGGAGAUUUGAGCCAUAGUAAAACAAUAAUUUCUAAAGAUUUAUAUAAAAAUAAUUAUAGAAAAAUGAUAGAAUCAAUGUAUCUUGCUUCAUGGAAAAAAGUGCAGUCCUAUGUAAAAGAGUUAUAUGAAGUUUUGAUUCAGUUACAGUAUCAUUACUUACCUUAUUGGAUCAUAAAUUACAUCAAAUUUAAUAAGGAACGGUCAUUUGGCAUAGGCCAAAUAUUUUAGUCCUUAUGUGAAGCAAAUAUAAUUGCUACAAGUUAUCUUGGUAGAAUGUACUAUGUGAUGUAGCAAAAUCUGUUCUCCUUAAUUUUAAAGAAUUUAACAAAAAUAUCAUGAGGCAGUUCAGUUUUUCAUUUAUCAGCCCUAGAUUUUUAGUCUCCUAUACAGUUUCUUUUAAAGUUUUUGCAGUUUUUACAAUUGAAAAAUCAUAUGUGAGCCAGAUUUUAAGAAACUUAAGACUAAUAGAAACAUAUUUUUCAAAACUAGCUCAGAGAGAACAAUGGUAGAAAUAAAGUGUUACAAAACCCAAACUAGUUGUAGUAAAUAAAUGGCACAUUAUGUAGAUAAUGAAGAACUGCAACGUGUUUAUUAAAUGUAAUAACCAUGUGUAAUCUCUUCCACUGCAUCUUUAAACUUUAUUUCAAAUAGUUAAUAAAUUUAUUUUCUUUCACACAUUA